GGGAAGCAUCGAGUCAGACCGCAGCUCUAUUCCGGACGCUAUGAGGAGCUAACCUGUAGCACCCACCUGGAGGCCCCGGGAGCCCGGCGGACAGGACAUGGGCCCCAGCAGGGGGAGGGGGGGCGCAGGGGGGCUGCUGCUGCUGCUGCUCUGUGUGAGCUCCACCGUGGGUCAUGGUCUCACCACAACCCCCACAUCCAGUUCCCUGCCAGCGAGUGGCGACCGUGCAGCCCCUACAUCGUCAGUGUCCAUGGCAACGCCUACGACCGCUCUACCAUCAGUCUCCGUGACAACACAUACACCCUCUGUGUCCGAACCCUCUUCGUACGUGGGAACAACACCUCAAACGGCAUCGGUCUCCACGGGAACCCAGACUCCCCCUUACGCAUCUACACAAUCAGUUUCCAUGACAACAACACCUGCUUCCCCAACGCCUGUCUCCACGGAGACGUCACCAUCUGUACCGACGCAGGAUGUAUUAGGCGCCAGAUCUGUGGCCACUGGGGAGCCAAGGACCGCAACGUCUGAAACCACGGAAACAACGGCGGUGUCCACGACAAACACACCAACAACUCCAGCUCCAAUUAUUCCAAAUGCAGAGCAAUUCACAGCCGUGAACCAAACGGAGUCGAGCAUCACCCUGAAUUGGAGUGUGCCAGCGAACCCCACCCUCAACAGCUUCAACUACACCCUGCAGUUUGAGGAGAACAGUAGGACCAUAAUAGGAGGUCCUGCUGGGAUCAUGAGCUACACUGUCGAAGGUCUGGACCCCGCCAGGUGGUACAACUUCACCCUCUACACCGAGGAGCAGGCGCACAGCAGCUCUGGGGUCAGCAUCAGGGCUCUAACUGCUCCUGAAGGAACGGGCAGUGUGCGGGCGGUGGGCCAGAACUCCAGCAGCAUAUGCCUGCAGUGGAGUGCGGUGCAGAACGUCUCCGUCUACCUGGUGGAGUACAGCGACGGCGAGGGGAACCGCAGCACCAGCGUGGUGGGGGCGCUGGCGGGGCAGGCGUGGGUCAACCACACCGAGUCAGAUCUGCGCCCAGCCACCAACUACAUGUUCACCGUCUACAGCCGGCUGGAGAACAUCAGCAGCUCUGGAACCUCCGUCCACGCAGUCACCGCUCCGCUAGCGGUUACCAUGGUGACCGUGAGGCCGUCCCUGAGGGAGGUGGAGCUGAGGUGGAGCAGGGAUGCUAACUCCAGCUACGUCCUCCUCUUCGGUAAUCAGACCAUCAGCCCCAAGGCGACAGAGGCCCGGUGGGUCUCCCACACCGUCGCCCUCCUGCAGGAGGGGACGCGCUACAACUACAGCAUCAUCGCCACCUACGGGGGGGUCAACAGCUCCACCUACAAGAACUACGCCGUCACCACCAUAAACUGUUCUGCUGUGGAUUGGGGGGUCACCGACUCUACCAUCAAGGCCUCCAUCGUGGGAGCAUUCAAUCACGUCUCGGCCAGUAACGGAACAGGGUCCCACAGCGCCACCCUGGACCCUGCAAACACCGUCCUGCUCACCGGUCUCUACCCGGGGGCCACCUACACCCUGAUUGUGAAAUACGAGACCUUCGAGCAGUGUCAGCACCACCUCACCCUACCUCCACCAGACAUCAGCGCCCGUUGUGUCUGCGGGGGGGCGGGCACCAUCGUGGUGCACUGGGCUCCGCCGGCGGGCGUGUGGUCGGGCGUGGAGGUGAACGUGGUGGGAAGAGAGACGGUGACUCACCCAGACAGGGGGGGGCUCUCCACCUCUCUGAGCGGGCUCCAGCCGGCCACGACCUACCAGGUCACCGCCUGCCUCUUGUCUGGACCCCGAAGGAGCGCUGUCCAAACCCUGGACUGUCGUACUGACGCUACAGGGGUCAUCGCGGGGUCUGUGUCGUCUGUGUUGCUCGUACUGCUCUUGGUAGCUCUGGGAGUGUUCUCCUGGAAGCGGAGAAGACCAAAACCCAUCCGUCGGCCUGACUUCCUGGGCUGGUCCUCACCUUCGGACACCUACAAGCCCAUCCAAGCGGAUCUGUUUGAGGACCACGUCCAGAAGAUGAGCCGGGACGAUAACCGGGGUUUCAGCGAAGAGUACGAGAACUUCAUCCCUGUUGGUACGGAGAACACCUGUAAGGCAGCCACCUUCCCAGACAACAAGGUCAAGAACCGCUUCACCAACGUGCUGCCGUAUGACUGGUGCCGGGUGAAGCUCUCCCCGCAGAUCGAGCAGGAGAACUCGGACUACAUCAAUGCCAGCUACCUGCCGGGUUACAGCGGCAGCAAAGAGUACAUCGCGGCGCAGGGUCCCCUGGCCGGGACCCUGGACGACUUCUGGAGGAUGGUCUGGGAGCAGGGUGUGAGGGCCAUCGCCAUGGUAACCAACUGCAUCGAGGGAGACAGGCCUAAGUGUGAGCAGUACUGGCCCCUGGACUACACUCCGUGUCUGUACGGAGACCUCCUGGUCACCAGCGCCUCGGAGCAGACUCAGCCCGACUGGACCAUACGAAGCUUCACCGUCAAAAACAGGGCCACCUCGGAGCAGCGCUCCGUCCAACACUUCCACUUCAGGGCGUGGCCCGACCACGGCGUUCCCGAGGGCACCUGGCCGCUGCUCCAGUUCCGGGAAUUGCUACGGCGCCACAUCGAGCAGGAGGGGGACGGGUCUCCCACCCUGGUGCACUGCAGUGCGGGUGUGGGCCGGACCGGAACGCUGGUCGCGCUAGACGUGCUGCUGCAGCAGCUGGAGACGGAGGCGGUGGUGGAUGUGGCGACGUUCGUCCACAAGAUGAGACUCUCCCGCCCCCUCAUGGUGCAGACCGAGUCCCAGUACGUGUUCCUGCACCACUGCCUCCUGGAGGCCAUGCAGGGACGGGAAGCUGAAGACGAGCACACGUACCAGAACCUGACCUACACCAACGCAACAGCUCUCCAACAACUACCCCACAAGAUUUCCAGCGUCUGAACUGUGGUUCGAUUCCCCGAACAACGGUGUGAAUUCGAUUCACACCCUCAGCAGCAAUUUUGAUUAUCCUCCGUACACAAUCCUUAUUGUGUAUAAAUCUUUUGUGUUAUAACUCUUCUAUACUCCAAUGUUUCAAGUUUUUCAAUGGCUUGAUUAAAGGCUGUUUGAAUAUGCUAUGUGUUCCUCCAAGAGUCUAUCAAGCUUCAUCAAACAAAAAUACAUGUGACUUUAACAAAACCUUUAAUGCUUUUCCCGUUAUCCACAAGAUCUACAUGACUCAGUUUAGUUUGAACACCUAUAAAUCGAUAUAUAACACUAUAUACUAUAAACUCAGUAGAAAACAUCUUCAGACACAUCCUAGUAAAGGCUGAGACAACGCGUCGACGUAAUCGAUGAAGAUGACGUCGACGCGAAAAAUGCGGGUCGAUUCGAAAAACCCAAAACAAAGAUAGCGGCGCCGGAGCGUAGUAUCAACGCGAGUGGCUCCUCAGACUUUCAUAAGUGCAAGGCGCCACGCACUCGUUCCCUAAAGUAUGGGAAUUCUUUAAUGUAAAAGGAAACGAUUCCGUGAUACGUCGUCUUUGCAAAAUGGAGAUGGACGGAAGGCCUUUGUGUUUUCAAGGCUUCAAGGUUUUAUUGAAUGCUACCUCUGACUUCUAAGAAUGCAUUAGGCUUUGCACUUUUAUUUUGGAAUUGUAUGGCAAUAAACAUGUAUUUCAAUAUUAAAGAAUUCAUGUUUUUUUCAUUCAGAUAUGUAAAUCAACAUGUAUAAAUUGCUAUUAGUCAAUUAAUGGGGAGAUAAUCUAAUCGAAAUCGAAUCGAUCGUAUAAAAAAUAAUAUUUUAUCCCAGCCCUAAUCCUAGUGUCUGUCUGCACGGCCUUGUGCGUCCGUGAGUCAGUGUGCACGCGUCCUCCUAGUGUGUAGUACUAGGGUCCUCCUCCUCACUCUCCGUCGCCAUGGCAGCGUGUCCCCCGGGCGGCGGCGAGAAGUCCGCCAG